UGGUGGAAGGAGGAUGCAGGCGGUGCCGGCGGCCAGACCGUUCAAGAUGAGAAAGAGUUUCGCCACCCGGCUGGAAGAAGUAGCAGGAAUCCGGGCGAAGUUUCCAACUAAAAUCCCGGUAAUUGUUGAGAGAUACCACAGAGAGAAGUAUCUCCCUCUCUUGGACAAAACCAAGUUUCUUGUUCCCGAGGAGCUGACCAUGACACAGUUCAUAACCAUCAUCAGAAGCAGGAUGGCUCUAAACGCUACACAAGCUUUCUACUUGCUCGUGAACAACAAAAGCCUAGCCAGUAUGUCCUUGACAAUGGCAGAAGUGUACAGGGACUACAAAGAUGAAGAUGGAUUUGUGUAUAUGACAUAUGCUUCCCAGGAGAUGUUUGGAUGCUUUUCACCUGCAGCUGAAGGGGAAACUAUGGCUCACCUUAAAAAACACUUAAGGUUGGGUCCAUGUGCUGCAGCAAAGCAAUUUUCUAUGAAUCAUGCAUGUGACAUGAACCUUGGAGAUGCUCCUGCUGAUAAGAGCUCUUGAGCUCUGUAGUGGAGAGGUAUGAUUCCAGGCUGGCAGGACCAGCUUAAGGCAGAAAUGGCAAUAUGCUUUUCCUAUAUAAUAAUUUG